CUGAUCCUAGGUGUUGUAUUGAGUGUUAUUCAUUGGCCUCUGGGAAGCCUGGGCAGCAGUGGAGUAGCCAUGGAGCUGCUUACUGGGACUGGCCUGUGGCCUGUGGCCAUAUUCACAGUCAUCUUCAUAUUACUGAUGGAUCUGAGGCACCGGCGCCAGCGCUGGACUUCUCACUACCCACCAGGUCCUGUGCCAUGGCCUGUGCUGGGUAACCUGUUCCAGGUGGACCUAGAUAACAUGCCAUACAGCUUGUACAAGCUUCAAAACCGCUAUGGUAACGUGUUCAGCCUGCAGAUGGCUUGGAAGCCUAUGGUUGUGAUCAAUGGACUGAAGGCAAUGCAGAAAGUACUGGUGACCUUUGGAGAGGACACUUCUGACCGCCCUCCAGUGCCCAUCUUUGAGUACCUGGGUUCAAAGCCUGGAUCCCAAGGUGUGAUCCUUGCACCUUAUGGGCCCGAGUGGCGAGAACAGAGGCGAUUCUCUGUAUCCACCCUGCGCAACUUUGGCCUGGGCAAGAAAUCUCUGGAGCAGUGGGUGACCAAGGAGGCUGGCCACCUGUGUGAUGCCUUCGCUGCCCAGGCUGGGCAGUCCAUCAAUCCCAGCACGUUGCUGAACAAAGCCGUGUGCAAUGUGAUCGCCUCUCUCAUUUUCGCCCGUCGCUUUGAAUAUGAAGACCCUUACCUCAUCAGGAUGCUGAAAAUACUGGAAGAAAGCAUGACAGAAGUUGCAGGCUUCAUUCCUGGGGUUCUUAACGCGUUCCCGAUACUACUGCGCAUCCCAGGGCUGGCUGACAAGGUCUUCCAAAGUCAGAAGACCUUCAUGGCCAUACUGGAUAACCUGCUGACUGAGAAUAGGACCACCUGGGACCCUGACCAGCCACCUCGAAAUUUGACUGAUGCCUUCCUGGCAGAGAUAGAGAAGGCCAAGGGGAAUCCUGAGAGCAGCUUCAAUAAUGAGAACCUGCGCAUGGUAGUGAUUGACCUGUUUGCUGCAGGGACGAUGACCACCUCAACCACACUGACCUGGGCCCUGCUGCUCAUGAUCCUGCAUCCGGAUGUGCAGCGCCGAGUACAACAGGAGAUUGAUGAGGUCAUAGGGCAGGUGCGGUGUCCAGAGAUGACAGACCAGGCCCGCAUGCCCUACACCAAUGCUGUCAUUCAUGAGGUGCAGCGAUUCGCAGACAUUCUCCCUUUUGGUGUGCCUCACAAGACUUCUCGUGACAUUGAAAUACAGGGCUUCCUCAUCCCUAAGGGGACGACCCUCAUCACCAACCUGUCCUCAGUGCUGAAGGAUGAGACUGUGUGGGAGAGGCCCCUCCUCUUCCAUCCUGAACACUUCCUGGAUGCUCAGGGCCACUUUGUGAAGCAUGAGGCCUUCAUGCCAUUCUCAGCAGGUCGCAGAGCAUGCCUUGGGGAGCCCCUGGCCCGCAUGGAGCUCUUCCUCUUCUUCACCUGCCUCCUGCAGCGCUUUAGCUUCUCAGUGCCUGCCGGACAGCCCCAGCCCAGUGACCAUGGAGUCUUUGAGGCUCUGACAACCCCAUGUCCUUACCAGCUCUGUGCUUUGCCCCGCUAAGAGGACAUAGAACACCUCACUCACUGUGUUUGCUGGGGUCCUUAUGUGCAAUAAAGCAUUUUACUCUAAACUAAA